UAUGACAAAUUGGUAUAUGUUGGGAAGGGAAGAAGGGGUCAGUCCUGAUCCGGUCAAAAUUAAGCUCUGAAAUGGAAAAACAGCUGUGCCUCUGCCUGUGACUUUGACUUUCCAACUCCUCUUCCAAUCAAGAACAACAGCUGCACCUCUCUUCGUAGUAGAUCUGGUGUACGUCCUCCGAACUGGUGACAUCUCUAUCCCUAUUUCCAUUUCAAUCGAUUUUCUUCUAAAUCGAUGUAAAUUCUAGUUCGGGUUAGCAAUUUAUUUAGGGUUUUUCACUAUGAUAGUGUUAAAUCAUAUUUAGGGAUCUCCCUGAUCUGGAGUUCCAUUUGCUCUUUAGCUGAUCGGUUAUAAUCUUUGUACUUUUUUGUUGAAAAAUGGGUUCGAUUCGUAAUACAGUGUACUAUUGUUGUGUGUGGAAUGGGGGAAAAGUUUUGUAUUCAUACAACUGUGAGGGAGAUCACGAGAUUGAAAAUUUGGCUGCUUUAUGUUUGGAAAAAGCUCCUUCUCAUCACAAAUGGUACUUUCAGACCAUGUUCAAGAAAACUUUCGGGUUCCUAAUGGAAGAUGGGUAUGUCUAUUUUGCGAUAAUAGAUUCGACUCUUGGUAACCCUGGAAACCUCGAUUUCUUAGAACAUCUUAGAGACGAGUUCAAGAAAGUUGCUAAAAAGGGAUCAAAUCUAAGCUUUACAAAUCUGAAUAAUUCAGUCGUUUUGCAAGAACAGUUAGUCCCGAUCAUUCGUCGAUUAAUUGCCUCGUUAGAACAUGUAACCGAGACGACAUCACCUUACAACGAAGGUCUCUCUCCUUCCCCUAUAAGCAAUGAUAACAAUGGUAAUCAUGAUAAUGGGAUUUCUACAAAAGCCCCUUUAUUGGGAAAAUCCAGCAAACAAGAGAAGAGAAAGAUGAGGGAUCAUGUGAUUACAGUGAGAGAAAAUGGGGUGGGGGAGGAUCACCGGAAGUCUGCAGAUAAAGGGGGCACAAAGCCGGAUUUAGCAAGUUUGGAUUCUAGUAAUGAAGUUGGAUCUAUGACAGGUGUCUCUUUGACAAAAGAAGUAAGUUCAAUGGGUAGAUCGAAUACUCAAAACAUAAGAAAUAAAUGGUGUCGUCAAGUUCGUAUUGUUCUUGCCAUUGAUGUUGCAGUUUGUUUGAUUUUGUUUGUUGUUUGGAUAGUUGUGUGUCGGGGUACUGAGUGUAUUCGUUAAGGAAAUUCGCAUUCGCGCGUAUUUCUUCUUUGAAAUUUGAAUUCCGUUGCGCAUAGUAUAUGGAAGCUGCACGUAAUUCCCGAUUUGAGAUUCAAAUUUUUACAAGGUAUGGGGUUCUUCAUUAUUGUUCAUAACAUCUUUGUUGUUUGAAUAUUUUUGUACAUUUUUUUUGAACAUCUAUUUAUUUAAUGUACAUUAUCUUGUUGCCAUGAAAUCUAAAAGCUGUUUGAUGGAUC